CACAAUGGAAAGGGAGGGGCAAAAGUGAAGCCUUUAUAUUUCCUCUUCAGGGACACAACUCACAUCACACCUGCCAAAUUGUCCACUGCACCCUGGAAAGCAAAAAAGAUAGUGCUGGGCAUAAAAUGGAUUCCCUCAGCACAGCAAAUGUUGAAUUUUGCCUUGAUGUGUUCAAAGAGCUGAACAGUAACAACGUGGGAGAUAACAUCUUCUUUUCCCCACUGAGCCUGCUCUAUGCUCUAAGUAUGGUCCUCCUUGGUGCCAGAGGAAACAGUGCAGGGCAGAUGGAAAAGGUGCUUCACUUUGAUCAUACUUCAGAGUCAUUAAAACCAGAGUUCAGGGACUCAGCUAAGUGCAGCCAAGCUGGAAGGAUUCAUUCAGAGUUUGGAGUCUUAAUCUCUCAAAUCAACCAGCCAGACUCUAACUAUACCCUCAGCAUGGCCAACAGACUCUACGGGACAAAGGCAAUGGUGUUCCAUCAGCAAUAUUUAACUUGUUCUAAGAAAUUCUAUCAAGCCAUACCACAAACUGUUGAUUUUGAACAGUCUCCAGAAGAAACGAGGAAAACUAUUAAUGCUUGGGUUGAAAGUAAAACUAAUGGAAAAGUCACAAACCUCUUUGGAAAGGGAACAAUCGACCCUUCUUGUGUAAUGGUCCUGGUGAACGCCAUAUAUUUCAAAGGACAAUGGCAAAAUAAGUUUCAGGAAAGAGAGACAAUUAAAAGCCCUUUUCAGCUGAGUGAGGGUAAAAGUGUGUUUGUGGAAAUGAUGUAUCAAACUGGAACAUACAAAUUAGCCUUCAUAAAGGAACCGCAGAUGCAAGUUCUCGAGCUGCCUUAUGUUAACAACAAACUAAGCAUGAUUAUUCUGCUUCCAGUAGGCACGGCCAGUCUAGAACAGAUAGAGAAGCAGUUGAACACGAAGACAUUUUACGAGUGGACCAGCUCUGCUAACAUGGUGGAGAGGGAAGUUGAAGUACACAUCCCCAGAUUCAGGCUUGAAAUCCAGUAUGAGCUAAAUUCCCUGCUAAAUUCUCUAGGCAUGACAGAUAUCUUCAGCGAGAUCAAAGCAGAUCUUUCUGGAAUAUCACCGCUUGAUGGCCUGUAUUUAUCAAAGGUUAUCCACAAGUCAUAUGUGGAUGUCAACGAAGAGGGCACCGAGGCGGCAGCAGCCACUGGGGACAGCUUCCUCGUGAAAAGACUCCCCAUCCGGGCUCAGUUCCUGGCAAACCACCCGUUCUUGUUCUUCAUAAGGCACAGCCAUACCAACACCAUCCUCUUCUGUGGCAAGCUCGCCUCUCCCGAAACAAACAGGCUUGAGCAAGGUGCAGAGUCCUAGAGGAGGUGCAGGGACAAACCCAUGACGAAAAGCAGUUCAUCCCCCCACACCUCUGUACCUCACUUUGCUCAUCUGCAAAAUGGGCUUAUGGUCUCUCUCAACUUAUACCUUGGAUUGGUGAACCUUAAGAUUAUGGAAAUCAUGGAAGAACAUUUACAAAAAAGAUCCUCUAGUUCUCUUGUCUUUGGAGCCUCAUUUAAGUGUUAUCUGGGUGACAUAAUCAAGUCAAUGAGACUAAUUUGAAAGGGUUCAAUUUGUUUGACUUGUAUAUAUCCAUGACCUCUUGAAUAAGUGACCAAUCUACUACCUUCAGAAAACCAAUUUCAGGGCUUCAACUUUGAUGGGAUUUUUAAAUAUUGUAAUUUUCCUUGUAUGUAUAGAUGGAUCAUGAAUUUUACUUCAAAAUUCUGUAUUCGCUAUAAUAAAUACAUAAAAUGCUUUCAA